GCGCGCCACGGGGUCAUUCUCGUCGUGGCUGUGCUUCUGAUGGGCGUCCUCUGGUGGAAUCUGCACAACUCCAAGGAGACACCCGCCAUUCCGGAGAAAGCGACGGAAGAAGCCCUGGCCAUCUCGGAACCGAAGUACCUGGAGGCCGGCCGGCCGCCGCCACCUCACCCUCUUCUACCAGCCGAAUCUUCGCAGCUCGUGCUUGAUCGGUGGGGGGCCUGA